AUGUCAAACUUCUUCGAAGCACCCGCCGAAAGUUGGACAUAUAGUGCUAUUGCGGAGAACUAUGGCGUUAGCGACGACAUCAGUCGCAUUUUCCUCCGCAUUAAAAAGGAUCUGGAGGAACGUGCGGAGAAGAAUGAUCCAGAUGGCGCGCACGCAGACCGGAUUCUGAAGGUUCAUUGGCAAGUGCGUAAAGCAAUUACUCUAAGCUGGGCUACUGCGUGUCGCCCGUUACGGUUGCGCACCGCUGCUGAAGCGGCCGAAGGGCAUAAGUAUUGUCCUAAACUUGUUGCAAACAUGAAGAAAUGCUUAAGUAUUGACCAGAUCAAGCAUAAAGCAACCAUCGCUGCUUUCACUGAUGGAGCAGAAUCCAUGUCAAUAGCCCGUCAGGCAAUUCUUACUGAUCUCGGUAUGGACAAUAAUCCUUUUCUUAAGCGCGAGGCUAGUGCCGAUGGUCUCGAACCUAAUUCAACAAACAAAAGACUCUGUACCCCUUCGCCGUUUUUACGAUCUUCGUCGCCCAGUGCAGAAAUUCUCUUAUCUGAUAGUGACGAUGAACCCAACUCAAAGUUUUCAUUGCCAUCUGACUGCCCAGUCAUUAUUAAUGAUGUAGUGGGACUGCAACUGGGAUCUUUGCCGCGGAAAGAAUUCAGAUGGGUCGUAAUGGACGUUGACAUUUCUGAUAAAUGGCACCUAUUCAAGGAGACGUCCUUGAAAUUGGCCAAGGAGGAAGGUCUUCUUGUGGAAAGCCACCCACAACAACAUUGCCCGUUGAUGGUGGAGGUAUUUGGGUUUAAACUAUUGGAAGCAAUGUAUAAGGAUGUUGUGCGGAGGCUCACCGAGCAAGAAACGGAGUUAGAUGCUGAAGUUUUGAUAAAGCUUACCCGCAUUGUUAAGCGCCUCCAACGAGAGGAGUUCGUGAGAUACGGCGGUUUCAGAAUUGCAAACACUUGCGUAACUAACACUAUUAGUAUCGAAAGAGUGCCGCGAGUCACGUUGAAAUCCUCCGUUGGAGAAAUAGAACUAUGCACCACGUACAUUGAUCCAGUUCUCGCCCCAGUUUUCGCGGAUCCGGACCGUGGUGUGCAGGAAGAGAUGAACAACCUCUACAGCCUUUGCGCUGAUCUUAUCCGGGUUGCUGUAUUUAAUAAAGAUGCUAUCGACUUUUAUAACAAGAACUGUGUGCUCGGAUUUCAAGUUGUCGGACGGCACAUCACAUUUUACCUCACCACUCUUUUAUAUGACGGUCUGUACGUUAUGGUGGAGGUUGGUCAUAUCGAUGUGCCCAUGUCACUUGAGCAACUGCCUGCCUUCAUCGCCAGUCUCGACACGCUCCUCGUUGUCUCCAAUGCGUUCUGGACUAAUUGUGCUACGACCCGCCCUGCUGCCGAAAUGGAGCCAAACAAGCGCGACACCAAACUUUAA